UUCUGACCAGAAGCUUCUAACAGCCCAUGGGAAUGAUCUGCAAUCAGAAAUUUGCGGCACGGCACAAGGACAAGUCAGCCCCAACACGUCUUGCUGUGCUUGGUGGAGUGCCAGCCGUGGGGUAGCAGUGUGUUCUUGCCAUCAAAGUCUUCAGCCACAUGGAAGCUGGGGCCUGUGGGUCUAACUGUAGGAGGUUUCCAUGGCUUAGUUGCAGGGAGCAGGAGGGGAGGUGGUGGAGCAGACCUGGUGUGCAGCUGCAGGCAGCAGUAAGGACCUUCAGUUUAGCACAGUUGAGAGUUAGAGUGUGUGUUUGCUAUAGGCAGUGUUCAGGGAGGGCAGAAUGGAGGUUCUGUGGAUACAUGUUUGACUUAUUGUCAGAGGUUUUAAUUUUGUUAAGCAUGAGGGAAUACAAAGGCAUAAGAUACAUCCUUCUUAAUGCCAUCUUGAUCUUGUCUUGUCUGUUCUAUAAAAACUACUAACAUUUUUAUAACCCACUAGGGUGUAAAAGGUUGUUUCUCCCUGUUCUGGCUUCUCUCUGCUACCACCUGCUCUGACUGUACGCACCCCCGUAUCACGGGCUGUCUUCAGCUGUGCAGCCUGAACUGUGUGCUGCGCCAGGCCCCACGCCCUGCUCUCUCUCCAUCUGGUUGUAUCCCUUCUUCCCUGUUUCUUCUUCACCAUCGUGGUCUUGCCAAACCCUUGAUGUGCCAGUGGAUGACCCUCCCGCGCUGGCCUCCUCCCCCUUGGUCACUGCAACUCUCGGCAUUGUGUAGCAGUGUAUCAACAUUUUUUAUUUUUGAUUUCCAGAGGUUUAUAUCUGGGUGAAUGUCAGGGACCCCACCCAUCCUAAGUCAGAGGACAAGGGAAAGGAACUGAUGUUCUUUUUCUAUGAUUUCUGAGUGAAGAUGAAUUUAGCAGAGAUUUGCGAUAAUGCCAAAAAAGGGAGAGAAUAUGCACUGCUUGGGAAUUAUGACUCUUCUAUGGUGUACUACCAGGGUGUCAUCCAGCAAAUCCAGAGACAUUGCCAGUCAAUCAGAGAUCCAGCAAUUAAGGGCAAAUGGCAACAGGUCCGACAAGAACUAGUUGAAGAAUAUGAACAAGUUAAGAGCAUUGUCAACACUUUAGAGAGUUUUAAAAUGGACAGACCUGCAGAUAUCCCUGUAUCCUGUCAAGAUGAGCCUUUUAGAGAUCCUGCUGUUUGGCCCCCUCCUGUUCCAGCUGAACACAGGGCUCCACCUCAGAUAAAACGUCCCAACCGAGAAGUAAAACCUUUGAGGAAAGAAUCACCAGGACUGCAGCCCCGUGGGCCUGCGGGCAGAGCACAUGCGGUAUCCAAGGGUGAGAAGGCUGCAGGCAGCCGUGAAAGGGAAUCUAGAGCUAGAGGAAGAGAUGACAAGGGAAAGAAAAUAUCCCAGGAAGUUGGUGAUGGGGAAAUUCCAAAAUUUGAUGCAGCAGGUUAUGACAAAGACUUGGUCGAAGCUCUUGAAAGGGACAUUGUAUCAAGGAAUCCAAGCAUUCAUUGGGAUGACAUAGCGGAUUUGGAAGAAGCCAAGAAAUUAUUAAGAGAAGCUGUUGUUCUUCCUAUGUGGAUGCCUGAUUUUUUCAAAGGGAUCAGAAGACCUUGGAAGGGUGUGCUGAUGGUUGGUCCUCCUGGCACUGGCAAAACAAUGCUAGCAAAAGCUGUUGCUACAGAAUGUGGAACAACAUUCUUCAAUGUGUCUUCCUCUACACUGACAUCUAAAUACAGAGGCGAGUCUGAGAAGCUGGUCCGCCUCUUGUUUGAAAUGGCGAGGUUUUAUGCUCCAACAACAAUCUUCAUUGACGAGAUAGAUUCCAUCUGCAGCCGCAGAGGCACAUCUGACGAACACGAGGCGAGUCGCAGAGUCAAGUCAGAGCUGCUUGUGCAAAUGGAUGGGGUAGGUGGUGCUCUGGAAAAUGAUGACCCUUCCAAGAUGGUUAUGGUAUUAGCUGCUACAAAUUUUCCCUGGGAUAUUGAUGAAGCUCUGCGACGGAGACUGGAGAAGAGGAUUUAUAUACCUUUGCCCACAGCAAAAGGCAGAGCAGAACUACUUAAGAUUAAUCUUCGGGAAGUAGAACUAGAUCCUGAUAUCAGCCUGGAAGAAAUUGCUGAGAAGAUUGAAGGCUAUUCUGGUGCUGACAUCACUAAUGUUUGCAGGGAUGCCUCUUUAAUGGCAAUGAGACGACGUAUUAACGGCUUAACUCCAGAAGAGAUUCGAGCGCUUUCUAAAGAGGAGCUUCAGAUGCCGGUUACCAAGGGGGACUUUGAGCUGGCUCUAAAGAAAAUCUCCAAAUCUGUUUCUGCUGCAGACCUGGAGAAGUAUGAAAAAUGGAUGACGGAGUUUGGAUCUGCUUAAUCUCAGUGACAGCUCUCCUUUGCUAGUUUUAUGGCUUUUGUUGUUUUCACUUGCAAAAUGAGUUAGAAAUCUUUUUAAGGUUUAAUAAAAGGUCUGCCUCUGCUCCCAUCCCACCCCCUUCUGGUGACAAGAUCUUUUAAACUCCAUUUGCCUUUAAAGGGAAUGAACACAAUAAUGAGCUGAUACUGUAAAAGAUAUUUUAUCUCUGAAAUAGUAAAAUAAGACAAACAGGAAGGGGAAAAUUAAGCUUGUGAGGAUAAUCUUUUUAUUUUUCCAAUGAAGAGCAGUGUUACUUAACCUCCUCAUAGUCAUCUUUCAUGGCUGGGAUCAAUCAAUCCGUGGGGGGAUGUGACUCCAGAGGAGCUAACAAGGGCUCACUGUACCCCCUGCUUUUAAGUGCUACAUUUCUGUUGAGCUGCUGACUCUGCCUCCCUUGACUGUGGCAUCGAAGUUACUGUUUUCUGUCUCUCUGCUCAGAUAUUCGGAGCAAAGCCUGUGGAUUAAUUGCCAUUACAAAGAGGAAAUGAGAAUCAUUUUUUUCCAUCAAGACAUGGGCUUGACUUUUCUCUCAUGUACACCCAUUUGGAAUUGAUGUUACUUCAGACUGGAUUGUUGUUACCUGUGAUGAUUUCUGAUGGAAAUGAGAGGAAAAGAAAAGGCCCUUGAUUGCUCUUCGUCUGGUUUAUGGUUUAUGUCUGAGCAUAGUUUGUACCAGUUUGAGCUGUAGACACUUUGAAGUUUGAGUAGGCACUUUGACUUAAAUUACAUCUUGCACUUUUAUGCUAAUGUAUCAUCCUAUACUUUGUCUGUGCUAUCUAGAUAUUACUAUUAUUAUUAUUAUUAUUAUUAUUUAAGUACCAAAAGUUUAAUACAGUAAAGACACUAAUAUCAAGACUGUCUUUAAAAUAUAAGGCUGUGGACUUCCACUUCUUCUGAUUAGACAUGAACGCUUUCCUAGGUUUACUAGGCAAUGACAUACGCUCUUGUUUACAUUGUAGAACUCUUCAUGCUUAGUUUUUUUAAAAAUGAAGAUUUCUUAAAAAUGUUUAAAUGUUACUGAUUUAAGGGACAAUAAUCUGUACAAUCUGUUCUUAUCUGUUUCUUCCCUUCCCAUGUACAAGUGCAGGGAUGAGAAGGGUUGGGUUAUAAACUCCAGCAUGAGAAAUCCUCUCGCUAGAGUAUGACUAUCAUGUUGACUAUAUGAGCUUUUCACAGACUUGGAAAGCGAGCCUGACAUAUGAAGGUUUCCCAGGGUAGGAAUGAGAAGGAGAUGUCAAAUUUACAGAAGAACAGGGAAGCUCUCAAAUUUUUGGUGAUUUUGUGAGCUAGUCUUGAAGUAUCUUGGUGGAUGUGAGUUGCUGUGCUGUUUGGUGGGUAUUCUGUCCCUUGGCUCUCUGCUGAGACUCCUAGUGGCAUAGCCAAAUGUGGCAAACUGGAGUAAGAAACAGAUAAUACCUCCUCUUAAAUAGGAGUAUAUUCUUACUUGCUAAUUUUUUCUAGUUCUUGGAAGUUCCCAAUAAAGUCAGUAAUUCAGCACACUGGCCUCUUGGACCAUGAAUCACUAAAGCAAAUGCUGCUCAAAUAUGUUUACUGUUCAAUAACAAGGAUAGUCAGGAUACAUGCAUGACAUCUCUGCAGCAUAUGUCUGAUUACAUGAGCGACUUUUUAAUCUGUUUUACCUUUGCUGUUUUGUUUGUCACUAUUCCGUUUUAUUGCUUUGUAUGUGAAGACCAUGUCUCAGAUUGAUCCUGUCAUUAUAAAGGACCGCUACAAUUUGCGUGGAGAAGCACCAUGGAAAUUCCAUCAAUCUUGCAUUUGACGUGAAACACGGUCAGGGCUUUAGAAGCAUGUUUCCAAGUGGCACUCCAGAAAAAUACCUUCUGUGGCCUCCAGACUGGUUGAGACACAACUGCUGUUCAUAUCUUUCCAAGGACAGAGCAUCUUCACUGCCUAACAUUAAGCCCUGUUACACUCCUGGACAGGGAGGUUAGUGCAGCAAGAAUACCAGUUUUUACCCUCUUCACCUACAGGGAGAAUAAAUGCUUCUUUCCUGACCAGUUUGCACUAACUGCACAAUAGAGCCCUUGGGAUUCACAGUACCUGUAGCUGUCAGAUUAAAAGGAAGAGUUCUCUCUGCACUGGAAGAUGAGCAAGCAGAAGCGGUGUUGACUAUAAUUUUUGGAUAAAUUUCUGCCAGGGCUAGGCAAUUCCUCCCAGGGAAUAACUGGACCUUUAUAAAGUUUUGAAAUUGCUACAGUCUGUCAUUCCUUUCUUAGGGAAGCUGCAGGCCGCAGCUGUUACUCUUCUGUUUGUUUUGCUGCAGUAGAAAUUAGUAAAGCUACACAAAAUCUUUCGUGGCCAGUGCCAGAUUAGCACUUCAGGAUCUCUCACUAUAGAGGCCAUUGCUGCCUGAGGAGCUUAGUCUACACAAGUAAGAUCUAGAAGGGAAUAGACAUGAAUGCCAAUAACUUACCCUGUUCAGCUGUCUGAGUGCAGUGCUGGGAUUCAGCAGUUGCUGCUUAGAAAGGUCCAAGGACCGGUUUUCUCAGUUUCAUAUUGCAAGCAGCCGUGCCCUUCCUGCUGAUGAAAGCACAGCGUUUAACAAAAAUGUCGUUCCUCAGCUCUUUGAUGAACCUUCUACCUUAAGGCAUUAAACUUCCCUCUUGAAUGUUAAUCAGAAUUCACUGUACUGGACAUUCCGUCUGGUAGGAAUUAAUCAGGUGCUGCAGUCUUUAAAGGUGAUUUCUACACCAAACACAUUUUUUUCUGUACAGGUCCAUUCAUCCUAGACUGCUGCAGAACAGAAAAGCAAAAGUUUCUAGGCUGUAGAUGUUUUACGUACAAUGGUUGUGCCCAAGCAUUACACCUGUGACUCGGCCCCCACUAGAUCAGCACUCCGGAAGGCAAAGAGACCAUCCCUUCUCUGCUGAGACUGUUCAGGGCAGGGAUCUGACCCCGUGUGCUGACCCUUACAUUUUGCCAGGUCACGCUGGUGCACUCACCUGAGUGGGCUUGGAGAUGGGGUUGUUAACUCAAGAGGGGAGCUGGCAGCGGAGUGCAGCAAGGAGCAACCAGGGAAGGAAGGACAGGCCGACAGAGGCAGCAACUCAAGGCCCUAAGGAUGAGCUUACAGCUCGGCAUAAGUCCAGUUUGUGUCCCACAGGUAGACACACCUUGUGUAGGGAUGUUGGAUUCCUCUGGGAGCAAUGUCUGAGCAUAUCACAGCCCACUGCGACAGUUUGUUCAGUUUGUGUCUGUAUGUGUAUGGAGAUAACUUGCGCACACGUGUGUAUGUGUAUAUUAUAUACGCACACAAUGGAUGGUGCUUUGGUAGUUUGUACCUAAAUUACAGAAAACCCAUGUUUUAAAGCUGUGUUUACGUGUCUCUUUCUAAACAUCUGUGACAGCCCUCUUGGGUGGCACUGUUAAUUUUUGUACAAUAAGCAGUCUGGUUGUAUGAAGUAAUAAACGUACGUGUAGAGUC